GCCUUUCCAAGUAGCAGUUUGUAUUAGUUAGUGGAACAGUUCAUACUGGUUGUACGCGAGGGGAACAUUCUUUAACCCAAUAAAUAGAAUUAGAACAAACUCGGAGUGCAACGUUCACGAAUCACAAUACACGCGGUCCGUCAGUUUAGUCCAAGUCCGUCGGUUGAUAGAAAAACAACGGUUUUCGUCACCAUUCGUAGUGUGAGCAAUUGGUUCGUUCAAGUGCACAAAUCGAUAAUCUAAUUAUUAUUUACGGUGUAAUCGGGAGUUGAACUACAAACCAUCGCCACGGUCACACAUCCUCGUCAUCAUGAGAGAAAUUGUACAUCUGCAAGCCGGCCAGUGUGGAAAUCAGAUCGGAUCAAAGUUCUGGGAAAUCAUCUCAGACGAGCAUGGCAUCGAUCCGACGGGCCAUUACCACGGUGACAAUGACCUCCAGCUGGAGCGGAUCGACGUGUACUACACGGAGGCCAAUGGAAACAAAUACGUACCGCGUGCCGUUCUCGUCGAUCUGGAACCGGGAACGAUGGACUCAGUUCGGCAGUCUCCCUAUGGGGCACUAUUUCGACCAGACAACUUCGUGUACGGACAGUCGGGGGCAGGUAACAACUGGGCCAAGGGUCACUACACAGAAGGUGCUGAACUGGUCGAUAGCGUACUGGAAGUGAUACGCAAAGAGGCGGAAGGUUGCGACUGCCUGCAGGGUUUCCAGCUGGCUCACUCGCUUGGUGGUGGCACCGGUUCCGGUAUGGGCACAUUGCUCAUAUCUAAAAUCCGCGAAGAGUACCCCGAUAGAAUCAUGAACACAUUCUCCGUUGUACCGUCACCGAAGGUUUCCGACGUAGUGCUUGAACCGUACAACGCCACCCUAUCGGUUCAUCAGCUGGUGGAGAACAGCGACGCCACAAACUGUAUCGAUAACGAAGCUCUGUACGACAUCUGCUAUCGAACGCUGAGAUUGGUGGACCCUACAUAUGCCGAUUUGAAUCACUUAAUUUCAAUCACAAUGUCCGGUGUGACCACGUGUCUACGUUUCCCCGGUCAGCUGAAUGCGGAUCUGCGCAAACUGGCCGUCAACAUGGUUCCAUUCCCCCGGCUGCAUUUCUUCAUGCCCGGUUUUGCCCCUCUGACGGCUAAAGGUUCACAGCAAUACCGAGCGCUCAGUGUGCACGAACUGACCGCUCAGAUGUUCGAUGCGAAGAACAUGAUGACGGCGUGUGAUCCCAGACACGGACGAUAUCUGACCUGUGCUGCCAUCUUCCGAGGUGUCAUGUCCAUGAAGGAAGUCGACCAGCAGAUGUUAAACAUACAGAGCAAGAACAGCAGCUACUUUGUCGAAUGGAUCCCGAACAACGUUAAGGUGGCCGUAUGUGACAUCGCACCGCGUGGUCUCAAGAUGUCGGCCACGUUCAUCGGAAACACCACUGCCAUUCAGGAGAUCUUCAAGCGCAUCUCCGAACAGUUCACGGCCAUGUUCAGACGGAAGGCGUUCUUGCACUGGUACACCGGCGAGGGCAUGGACGAGAUGGAAUUUACCGAGGCCGAGUCGAACAUGAACGAUUUGAUUUCGGAGUACCAGCAGUAUCAGGAAGCGUCCGUGGAUGAAUACGAAGACGGCGAGGAAGUGCCGGAGGAAGAGGAGCAUCAGGUGGAAUAAGGUUGCAAUUUUCUGCACCACUUCAACAGACAUGCGUUGCCUUAAUUGGUCGCGGGAAAAAAGUGUUCCAUAUAUUCUUAUUUUUAUUGAAACAAAAGUCCCUAUAAAAACAUCAGAGAAAAAUGUAUUUAAACUUGUUACGACAUAAACAUUGGCAAUUUUAAAACAAA